AUGGGGACCCUCGGUCCCCUUCCCCCCUCCGGGGGACGGUUCUCGGGCCACACGGGGACCCUUGAUCCCCUUCCCACCCUGGGAGAUGGCUCUCAGGCCACAAGGGGACCGGACUUUCGGUCCCCUUACCCCCCUGGGGGAUGGCUCUCAGGCCACACGCCCUUCCCCCCCUGGGGGACGGCUCUCAUGCCACACGCCCUUCCCCCCCUGGGGGACGGCUCUCAGGCCACACGCCCUUCCCCCCCUGGGGGACGGCUCUCAGGCCACACGCCCUUCCCCCCCCUGGGGGACGGCUCUCAGGCCACACGCCCUUCCCCCCCCCUGGGGGACGGCUCUCAGGCCACACGCCCUUCCCCCCCCUGGGGGACGGCUCUCAGGCCACACGCCCUUCCCCCCCCUGUGGGACGGCUCUCAGGCCACACGCCCUUCCCCCCCCUGGGGGACGGCUCUCAGGCCACACGCCCUUCCCCCCCCUGGGGGACGGCUCUCAGGCCACACGCCCUUCCCCCCCCUGGGGGACGGCUCUCAGGCCACACGUCCUUCCCCCCCCUGGGGGACGGCUCUCAGGCCACACGCCCUUCCCCCCCCUGGGGGACGGCUCUCAGGCCACACGCCCUUUCCCCCCCUGGGGGACGGCUCUCAGGCCACACGCCCUUCCCCCCCCUGGGGGACGGCUCUCAGGCCACACGCCCUUCCCCCCCUGGGGGACGGCUCUCAGGCCAACGUCGAGACUCUCGAUUCCCGUUUUUCAGUGGGAGACAUCCUUUGGUGCGCGCGCAGUUGAUGCUGUCGUCGUUGCAGUUUUCCCACGCGACGGGUGCAGCGUUACUUAGAUGA